AUGACAUCUGUUGGCGAUGUUCUUGCUAUUAUCGAUGCAACUAUAAAAAUCGUCGAUGCGGCACGGACUAUCUACAACGCUAAUAAAGAGAAAGAGGAAUUGCGCAAAUGGAUUCAAACCCUGGCGGACACACUACGUGGAUUCAUAGAUGUGUCUACUUGUCUGACUGGCCAAAACAGGAUAGUAUUCGACAGUAUCAAUGCCCAAAUCGAAGAUCGGAUGGCCAGCGUGCAGAAACGACUUGUUGAAGAAAAGGGCGGCUCCAAAAGACGAUUAAACCGCCUGCUAUGGCCUGCGAGAAGAAACAAAGCUAGGGAAGAUAUCGAGGCAAUUGAAAAGCUAGAUGAACAAGUAAGGAAAGUCUUCCAAACGCAGGACACAGAAGACUUGCCAGGCCUCAAUAACCAUCUUGAUAUUGUCAUGAGUCUUUGGUGUCAACUGGAACACUCUAUUGGGGGUCUCACGGUUGAUCCCGAGACCCUGAGGAAAUGGAUACCGAAAAUGGAAGCGGGCCCGUUUCUACCCGAAAAGGAUCAGAAAGCACUUAAGAUGGAGGUUUUGAGCUACACGAUCUCCAAAGCCGGGAAGACUCUCCUUAUUUUAGAUGGACUCGAUGAAGUCCCAUCAGACUACCAAAGAGAUGUUGUCGACAUGCUGCGAGACGUACUGAAACGCAAUAACCAAUGCCGGCUGAUGAUCACAUCAAGACCUUACGCUAACAUAACAGCACUGGCUGUUGAGGAGCCAAAACUCGUACUUCGAGCAACUGCUCACGAUAUUGAGCUUUACAUUCAUGAUCGCAUUUCAAGGUCGCGAAAUCAUUUGUUCCUUCAUCACCAAGCCACCAAGCAUGUUAUUACAGAACUCAAGUGCAAAUGCGAUGGAACAUUCCUAAUGGCUAAGCUGCAUAUGGACGAGGUCCUCAAGGCGGAGAGCGAGGCUGAAUGUUGGGACAUCAUUCAACACUUACCAGCAGAGGCCUCACAGGCCUAUGAGAAGGGACUCCAGCGUUUGGCUGAAGCUUAUAGAAAGCCUGAAGGGAAUAUGCCUUGCAGCGCUAUACAGGCUCUGUUCUGGGUGGUCUUUGCGAAGGCCCGCAUGACAUCAAAACAGCUGAAACAGGCCUUAGCUAUCAGAGCGACAGAUACCAAGUAUAACAGUCAGAACGAAAUUUUUCAGGGUAUAGACACACUAUGUGGCGAACUAUUGGUUGUUGACCCAAGGGAUCAAGAGGUUCUGGUUGCUCAUAAAACAAUCAGUGACUAUUUGAUGAGGCCGGAGACGCAGAAAACCUGGUUCCCGAACAUCCAGGCACACAUACAUCUUACCCUGAUACGCUAUCUUUCUCUGGGUGACUUGAACGAGCCUCUACGCAAUCCUCCCUGUACCGAACAGUUUAAACACCGCCACCCCCUUCUCACUUAUUCCCUUAACGACUGGAACAGUCAUGUUCUGCAACAAGUGGCUGAAAUGUUUGAAAUCAAACCAAAUAGACAACUAGCUACGCUUAUGGAUGAGAAUGCAGCAGUGGCUCCUGGUCGCAUUGGAGGAUUGCAUUGGGCCGUCAUAUUCUCUUUGAAGGCUUCCAUCCAGUCGGUCUAUAGGCAUGAAAGACAGCAUCCUAUUGAGGGAGGGCUUUCACUGACGCCGUUGGGACUUGCAGCAGCACAUGGUAGAACCGCGAUGGCUAUGGAGUUGCUCCAGGCAGGGGCGUGUCCUGAUGGCAAGGAUUACAAUGGCGAGUCCCAUCGUCCUCCAAUCUACGACGCACUACUGUUUGGCCGAAUUGACAUUGUAUACCUUCUACUUGAACAUGGUGCUACCCUAACUUUGCGGCGGCCCGGGAAUGACCUGUCAGCUGUUGACCUUCUUUACACGCCAGAACUCGAGCUAUUGGCCCCCUUGGUAGCAAAGUCAAUAUCCAAAAAGCCCUCAAUCAACUACCAAGAAUAUUUGUUGCUCGUCAAAGGGGGAUUUAUAAGAGAGUUUCAGAGAGCCAUACAGAAUGGUCUGGAUGUCAACCAGCCUUGUGGGAAUGGAAAGAAUGCCCUCGACUAUGCUUUCGAACUCGAGAACGAAGAGAUCAUAUCUAUUCUGGAAGAGCACGGGGCCUAUUCUAUACUUCCAUGGGACGAUCAGUGUUCUAUGGCUGCAGGAUACCAACGUCACGCCCCUGAGCCCUACUCGCCAGGAGGUAACUUGAGUUUUAAACAAAAGAUGUGGGGAGAGGAUCUACCGUUCGAGACACGUCGACUCGGCUUCAGGGGUAACUUAGAAGAUGGUCUGGUGAUGGAAGUCCGCGUGGAUGAACGUAUUAAACUACCGGUGCGCGCGGUUGUGUUUGAAACAAUGUCUGCUGCAUCCUUUUAUGACAGACUUUCAGACGAAAAAGUCGCUCCACCCGAGUGCAAUUACACCUAUUUGGGUUCCACCACAACUGGACUUGCCCACAAUAUCCAGAAGAAUUAUGAAUGGCGGAUGCACACCAACAUCUGGGACGUAGAAGACUCGGAGACCUUAUCACCUCUACGCACUAAGCUCAUCAAGAGCUUGAGGUAUAAGGACGAGAUACAGCUUUUUUAG